AUGUCUAUUGGCGGUAGUUGUAUCUCAAAUGCACUUAAAACUGGUAGUAAUAUUCAUUAUAUAACACAAGUUAAUAACAAAAAGAUCUUUUUCGAUCGUAAACGAGAACUUAAUAUGUUUAACAAUGCAUUUAGUGAUGAUCCGGAGCUUCAUGUCAUUCUAAGUCCUAGUUCUAGAAAACCUGCCUUGGUUCGUGAGGUGGGUGACUAUGCACCUCCACCCAUUUUAAUUGUUGAUGAAGCCAACUUGAUUAGUCAACUUGGAGACAGUUCGAAGGAAAGAGAAAUCCUUCUAAAAUCAUUUCUUAACUGGCUUAUGAUAAAUACAAAACAAGAAAACCGCUUCCAUGCUGUGCUUACCCCUUCUGAUUUAUUUUUUUUUUUCGAACUGGAUUGUAAAUCUCUAGCUUUGCAUAUCCCACAUGCAACUCCAUAUGUUGUUGGAGAUUUGAGCAAGGAAGAAGCCAAUGAAUAUUUUGAAAAGUAUGUUCUUCCUCGAUAUGAAUGCAGAAUAACGGGCACACGUAUGCUGAUUAUUGAUAGAUAUGUUAAAGAAUAUAAAAUUUUAGAGGGAAAGCUCGCAGAUAGAGAAUUUUCGGUUUUCAGGUUAAAAUAUGGCAAGUUACGUUCCGGUCUUGUUCCUGCUCGCUCUCCGGAUAAGCCUCAUGAUCCACUUUGGAAUCUGGGUGAGUUAAUCAAAGUUAUGAAAGCUGUUGUUAAGGCUGAGAAUAAAGGAGGAAGUAAUUUGGACUGCGAUGAACAAACAUCAUUACGCGUGAUGGAGUACCUCUUAGAUGACCUGAAUGAAGCUUCGUAG